CCUUGUUCUUGAUCGUGCCAUAAUCGUCCCGCUCUUGACCGUCAAUAAUGGUGCCCAACGCUAAUAAUUAUAAGUACGCUUUGGUUGAUGCCACCUCACCUCGAAUAAGUAGCGCAUGAGCGCAGCGCAUACGAAGCCUCCCUCUCUACUUAGAACAAAGUUCCAUCCAGGACUGGCAAUUCCAUUUUCCUUCACGCUGCCACAAACCACCAUCACAAAAAAAAAAAACUACCCGUUGCAGCAAGCUACCAUUAGCCAUGGAUCGGCGACUAAUUGAAGGUUCACUACCGCAUCAACGUAAUGUCCUGCGGAACCACUCCCGCAAAGAUUCCCGGCAUUCCCUAAUCGAUGCUGGCCAUCAUUCCUGUAUUGCUGCUGGCCAUCAUUUCCGCUACUCAGUCCCCUCCUCCUCCUCACGCUCCUCUCACUCCUACCGCCACCCAGUGAUUUUCCCCGUAUCCCCUAGAAUCCUCCUACUCUUCAUCCUCGUUUUACUCUCGUGUCAUAUCCCUUUCGUCCCGCUCACCUCUCUUCCCCGCGCCUCGGCCCAAGACUGUCAAUACCUAACCUCCACUCCUUACGGCCUCGCGAAACUUCCGGAAAAGCAAGACUAUCCCGGCAGCGACUUAGAAUACAUAGAGGGCCCUAUAUCCUCCGAGGAGUGCCAGCGGCGGUGCUUAAGCUUCGACCGCGGGCAGUGCAUCCUCGCGAUGGUCAGCGACGCGGGCGAUUGUUCGCUGAAGUUCGGCGUGAAUCGCCAGCCGGCGCGCAGCGCGAGCGCGACGGCGUUCGCGAUGCCGUGCUUCUCGUCCGAGGCGUGCAACAAGACGGCGAACGGCAGCGCGCUCUGCGCGUCGUGUCCCACGGACUUUUCCGACCCGAACGCCCCUAGAGCCACCUUCCGAUGCACCGACUCGCGAUCCAUGGGCUUCAUCGCUCCAGUCAACUCCUCCUGGGAGCUCACUGGGGAGCUGGUCCCUGACAACGCCACCAUCAACGACAUCGACGCCACGGAGUGCGUGCGGCGCUGCCAGACGUACCCCGGGCCGUGCGUGACGGCGCAGUACGUGCCGGGCAUGCAGCUGUGCACGCUCAAGAAAGAGCACGGCACGCCGGUGGACUUCAAGACGCCCGGGUUCCUGGCGUUUGUGAAGAGCUGCGCGUUUAAGAACGGGGAGUGCAAGGAGCAGCUGUGCCAGCAGGCGCAGCCCAGCACCUGCAUCGACCCCAGCGACUAUGGUUUUAAGUUCAAGGACAAAGACACAGAUUACACGGGACCGGAGGUGGGCGGAGGGGAGGGGCUGGACUCAACGGGGUGCGUGCAGCGGUGCCAGAAGAACGACAAGUGCGUGCUCGCCCAGUUUGACCCCAAGCGCCUCAAGUGCUGGCUCAAGGGAGAGGGGUACAACCCGCAUGGCAGCCAGCAAACGGGGAGAAUCAACUGGGAAAGGGUGGGGAAGGGGGUUGGGAGGAGAGAGGUGGGCGUGCUUGGAGUGGUGGUGGCAGUGGUGGUGGUGAUGCUGACAGUGGGACUGUUGUAAUGCGGUGCAAUGCGAUGUGGUGCGGUGAAUGGGAGGGUAUGAACUCAGAGGGGUGUAGCGCAUGCUGGCCCAGACGGACCUCAAGCGCCUCAAGUGCUGGCUGAAAGGCGAGGGGUACAACCCACGUGGCAGCCAGCAAACGGGGAGACUCAACUUUGAAAGGGUGGGGAAGGGUGUCGGGAGGCAGGUAGUGGAGCUGGGAGCGGUGGUGGUGGCUGCUAUGAUGGUCAUGCUGGCAGUAGGACUGGCGGCGCAGUGCGGUGACGGUGGUGUGGCGUGUGCUGGGCCAGAUGGACACUGGGCACGUCAGGUGUUGGCUCGAGGGCGAGGGGGGUAUCACUGGUAUCAGUGGUAUCACUAACACGCUAUUUAUGCAGUGGAAGUGCUGGUUAGUGUACUUGACCGCAGCAUCCGUGUCAUGACUCAUGGCUGUGCAGCAGUAACCCUACACAGUGCUAUUUAUGCAGUGUGCAGCAGUAACCCUACACGGCUGCUUCUGUGGUAUUUAUACUGCGGUACAUGCAAUGCUGGUACUUGAUUGCACGCAGCCGAAUCGCAACUCGUGACAACCGAGUGUGAUAAGGGGAACUUACUGAUGUGACAACAAGUAGGGUUACUACUGAUGGCUGUAGCCACACGCGUAGUAGACUUCGGCUGCACCACACCACUGACAGCAUCCUAAAGAGAUGUGAACUGUGAUGGCAGUAGUAACGUAACACAGAUAAACUGUAGGAGAAAUGCCUGAGGAGGCAAGGUGGAUUGGAUUGGAUGGGAGAGCUGUCUGUUAAAAUUAUAUAAGUUAUAAUUUAAUAUAGGCUUGGUAGGUUG